AUGCAAGAUAAUGCCUCCUGCCACCGCUCAAAAGAGACCCAAGAGAACCUGCGAAUACGACGAAUUCCCUAUAUUAAAUGGCCACGGUACUCCCCUGAUCUCAACCUUAUUGAGCACGUAUGGAAUUGGAUGAAGAAUUGGAUCCAAAAGCACUAUUACACAGCUUACUACGAUGCCUCUAAGAUCCCGCUAUCGCAAUUGAGAAGGAUUAUCUGGGAGGCAUGGGAAGCGGUACCUAUAGACUUUAUUAUGAGCUUAUAUAAGUCCUGGUGGAGGAGAUGUAAAGCUGUAAUUGAUGCGAAAGGCGGGCCAACAAAGUACUGA